GCCAUUUUGUAGUGCCAGUGGACGGACAAGUGAGGAGGUGCGCGCACUUAUUUGUUACAUUUUUUUUAAUUGAAGAAAGAAAACAUACAAAAUGGGGUGUGGUGAAUUCUUAGUUAAAUAUAUCCUGUUCUUUACGAACUUAUUUUUUGCGCUAGCGGGUCUGGCGCUGCUCGGUCUGGGUGUAGCGGUGCAGAUACAAGGCACGGCGGUCAUCAACAUUGCCGACAGCACCUACCAAGUGGCGCCCAUCGCCUCCAUGGUGGUCGGCGGCGUCGUGUUCCUCAUCGCAUUCUUCGGCUGCUGCGGAGCCAUCAGGGAGAGCAAUUGCAUGCUUAUCACUUACUCAUUGUUUAUGAUUAUUCUGAUGAUCUUGAAAAUCACGCUGGCCAGUUUGAUCUUUGUGAACCUGGACAAACUGGUGGCGGGCGUGCCCCAAGUACUGAACGAAGCCUUCAACAGGGAUAGAAUCGCCUUCCAAGAGAUCGAGAAAGCCUUUACUUGCUGCGGGCCGACGGGACCGCUGUCGUAUAUGAACAUCGCGUUACCGGAGACGUGCUGUGCCACGCAGCCCUGCACGCCGCUCAACGCGUACCGCGGCUGCGACGAGCAAGUCCAAGGAUUGCUGGAGACCUUCGGACUCGCCAUUGGCGUUGUUUGUAUCGUCGUUGUUGCUAUUGAGCUUGUUGCGGUAGUGUUCGGUCUAUGUCUGGCUAACCACGCGCGGAACAAGAACCGGAGGUCGCACUACUAGCGCUAGAUGGCGCUGAUCACUUUAGCUCAUAAGUUCUAAAUUCACGACAAAAGUCGAACAAUUACUGUUAAUAGAACAAUUUUAUGUAUUAAUGUUAACGCAUUUAGUAGUUAAGGCGGGUUUCGCGACCCAAAGUCAGGGUGAUAUAUGAAUGUUGUUUUUAUAACAGUGAAAUAUGUAUUUUGUAUCAUUUCAAAUUCCUUAAAUGUUUGUCUGUACCGAAAAUUGUAUACAUUUUUGUGCCCACUAUUGUAUUUUUUAUUACAACACGAAUAAAACAAUAAUUAUAAGUA